AUGGCUGGGAGAAAGAACAGCAACAAUGAGAUACAAGAUCAACUUGAUCCAUACUACAUUCAUCCAUCUGAAAAUCCUGCAAUUGUUUGUGUUACACCAGCUUUAUCUGGAGAAAAUUAUCAUGCGUGGUCGAUGAAGAUGGGAAGAGUGUUGGCCAUGAAGAAUAAAUUUCAGUUUGUUGAUGGAACAAUUGAAGUACCUAAUUGCAACAAUCUCAAUUACGUUGCAUGGCAGAGAUGCAAAAUCUUGGGUCGAUUUAUGAGAGGAGACAAGAUUCAUGUUGCACAACUAUAUCAAGAGAUUUCAAACCUAAAGAAAGGAAGCAAGAAAAUCUCUGAUUAUUUCACAGAGUUGAGGAGAUUAUGGGAGGAACUUGAUCAAUAUAGGCCAAUGCCAAAUUGUACAUGUCAUGUGACUUGUGCAUGCCUUGCCGUGAGGAACAGCGGAAGCUUUAGAGCUGAAGAUCGUAUAAUUCAGUUCUUGAUUGGCUUGAAUGAAGAGUUCCAUGGAGUUGUUUCCUAA